AUGAACUGUAGUCAUUUCACACCAGACAAUGGGGGCAGCCACACGUUACACUCCAGAACAGAGACUACCCCAUCGCCCACCAACAGUACUGGGAAUGGACACCCAGAAUAUAUUGCAUAUGCACUUGUGCCCGUGUUCUUUAUCAUGGGGCUCUUUGGCGUCCUCAUCUGCCACCUGCUUAAGAAGAAAGGCUAUCGUUGUACAACAGAAGCCGAGCAGGACAUCGAAGAGGAAAAGGUCGAAAAGAUAGACAAUGGGGGCAGCCACACGUUACACUCCAGAACAGAGACGACCCCAUCGCCCACCAACAGUACUGGGAAUGGACACCCAGAAUAUAUUGCAUAUGCACUUGUGCCCGUGUUCUUUAUCAUGGGGCUCUUUGGCGUCCUCAUCUGCCACCUGCUUAAGAAGAAAGGCUAUCGUUGUACAACAGAAGCCGAGCAGGACAUCGAAGAGGAAAAGGUCGAAAAGAUAGAAUUGAAUGACAGUAUGAAUGAAAAUAGUGACACCGUUGGACAAAUUGUCCACUACAUCAUGAAAAAUGAAGCAAAUGCUGCUGUUUUAAAUGCAAUGGUAGCAGAUAACAGUGUGUGUGAUCCUGAAAGCCCUGUGACCCCCAGCACUCCCGGGAGCCCGCCAGUGAGUCCUGGGCCUUUGUCACCUGGAGGCACCCCAGGGAAACACAUCUGUGGCCACCAUCUGCAUACAGUGGGAGGUGUUGUCGAGAGGGACGUGUGUCAUCGGUGUAGGCACAAGCGAUGGCACUUCAUAAAACCCAGUACCAAGUCCAAAGAGGGCCGGCCAAGACGCCAAGGAGAGGUCACCGUUCUCUCUGUUGGCAGGUUUAGAGUUACAAAAGUGGAACACAAAUCAAACCAGAAGGAGCGGAGGAGUUUGAUGUCUGUUAGUGGGACCGAAAGCGUCAAUGGGGAGGUGCCUGUGACACCUGUGAAGAGAGAACGAAGUGACACAGAGUAGCAGCAGUGACUUUAUUUGAAGAGUUCUAAGAGACUGAAACCUUUCAAGAUAUGAAGUUGCCUAGGGAAUAUUUUUAUAUAUUUUAUACAAUUUCUGUCACGGAGUCAGCAGGCAUGUGGAUAAAAACCUAAAAGGGAAUAGUGUUGCUGUGCUGGAUACAGAAUUCAGUUCGCUUUGAAACAAGUUUUGGUUUAGAAAGUCUGAUGAAAAAUGUAUUACAUUUCCAGGGAAGGAAAGAGUUCAUAUUUAUUUCCCCAGCCAUCCCCCAGCCCCCACCGCUCCCAGCCCCCAUCCUGCCCUUCGUGUACACACUGCAGUGUUUCCAUUAUGACCACUGUGUACAGUGAAACUAUUCAUGUACAGUCGGCGUGUGUGUGCGUGUGUGUGUGUGUUUCUGUUCCCCCAACUCUUCUAUCUCAUUUUGAUACUAGUUGUAAGAAGAUCUUCAUACUUACAGUUUAACUGUUAUAAAAGAUAAAAGAUGAAUCCUUGGUGGUAGAAGGCCCUUGGAAAUAAUCUAGGCCAGCCCUGAGAAAUUAAUCCCCCAAGUGACCAUGGAGUCAGAUGGGACCAGAUGCUAGGCUUUGGAUUCCUAGACCAAGAAUUAAGUGUUAACUCCCGCUACCACCGUGCCACUCCUUGGUCACUUAUUAAAAUAUCAAGAGUG